AAUCAACGCUCUCGUCCUUGUUGCUAGGCUGUGUGUGUCUGGUCUGAGGGAUCUUGACCGAAAAAGUAUCCCAUGAUACCAACGUGCAUUUUACGUGCACGAAGGCAAAGUGACGAACAAUACCGUUCAUCAUACCGUACGAUACAGUAAAUGUUUUCAUUUUCAGAACUCUCUAUUACGGUGCGGUAUUACCGCACGAGAUAUGUCUUGCCAGCCCACCUUCUUCGCACAAAAAAAUACUUCUGUUUUUCAAAAGUAAAUACAGUACCACAUUAUCUGAAGCCGUAAAAAGCACUAUUGACACCAAAAUGUCGGAGAUUAAGAAAGCAAAGGUAGUGGAGAAGCCUACCAACAUCGAAUCCACCGCCAGUCCAGGUGGGGAUGCAGAACUUGGUAAAGCAAGACCCCCAAUGGAUAGAAAGGCUUCAGUCAAGCAUGCGUACCUGACCAAGUUGUUCGGUAGCGACUAUAACCUCCAAGAAGUUUACUACGUGCUCGCUGCUGCUUGCGUCAUCGCUCUGAACCAGGGUUUUGUGAAUGGUGUAUGUAUGUCUGGAUUGUUGGUCACAGUGCCACCCGACGGAAGAAACCCUGAAAGGCAGAUGAUUGCAGGAUUUGCAGGCGCAUACACCAACUUGGCUCACGCUAUGUUAGCCGGUGAUGGGCACAAAUACACUUACAAUCUUUGCAUGAUUGCUUCCUAUAUGGGGGGCUCCUUCAUUGCAGCCAUGAUCAAUCCCCACGCCAAACCCUAYGUCAUUGAACCCAGAUACGGACCUACCUUCAUAAUUGGAGGAUGUUUUCUCUUGGCGGCAAGCCUCUUGGCUGGAUUCGAGGCACCCUCUAGAUUUGUCUUUUUUUUAGCAACGGCAUCCGGGGGUGUUGCAAAUGGAAUUGCCUCUAUCUAUAGUGCGAACUUGAUUCGUUGUACGUUGACCGGAGCUACCACCGAUGUCGCCAUCGUUCUUGCUCAAAUGAUCCAUCGCAACAACAAGGGUGUCGCAAAAGGAUCCGUUCUUAGUCUUAUUAUAUUCUUCUUUUGGGUCGGUGGUAUAAUCAGUUUCUGGGCUGUGAGAGCGUUGACUGAAAAUACUUUGUUCAUAAACGCGGCUCUCUUUUUCUCUAUUGGUUUGAUCUUGAUUGUCUACCUCGUUAAAGAGCUUGGAGUAUCUGUUUACGAUGCCAUUUUCGGAACCUGGAAGUGGAAGAAUGUUUUGCAAAAACUCCAUACUGAAGAUGGUGAGCUAACGCCAGAUAAAAUGAUGGCCAUUUUUGAUAGAAUCGAUCAGGGUGGUGACGGCAAUGGUGAAAUCGAUGGUGAUGAGCUCCGUGACGGAUUGAGGCUUGCUAAGGUCAAAAUGACCGAUUACGAGAUCAAAACCUUGUUUCGUGCCGCCGAUGACGAUGGCGACGGUGUCAUUGAUCGCCAAGAAUGGGCCGACCUCAUCAAGAAAAUUUUGUGAUCAGUUGGAUGUUUCGUGGACGAAACGGUUUCGGGUUUCCAAACAGAAUGUUUCCCGGCCAAAACGCGAUGGCCACUUUGCAUGGCACAACUUAAUAUCGAUUUACUAGUUGUGAUGGUUUUGUUUCAAAAUUAAUUAAAUAAGUAUGU